AUGAAUAAUGUCUCGUGCAGCUGCCAUCGACUUAGAAAGUCUCAUAAAAAUAAAUCUUGCCCACUUGUGUUGAAAUUUGACUCGUCCUCUAAUGCUAACAUCUUUUACAGUAGGCAAACACUACUGAAAAAUACACGUUACCAUACUAAUAAAUUAGCUCGUGACAAGACACCGAUCCAAAGAAUGACUUAUUCUAAAACUGUAAAUCCCAGCUCCUCUACAACACCCCUGGGCACCCACACUUCUGUUGAGGCAGAGCAAAAGGGUGUGGAUCUUUCUAUACAAAGUACACCGUAUUCGGAAACGAACUUGCGUGAAAAUGUAAGGUCCAAAAAUAGUUCAGUGUAUAGCCGAACAGUAAGAAAGAAAUCGACCGUAGAUCUAGAUUCCUCUGAUAAGGAUCCCUGUACCCCAGUGACCAACUGCAGUACAUCACACCCAGUAUUCACCAAUUCAAGUAGUCUUAAUUCCAGGAAGUUGAAGAAUGCAGCCACCAGUUCGUCUACAAAGACAACGCAGAAUAAGAGACUAGUGCCACACACUAAUUCACAUGCUCACAGCUCGAUACCACACCUCUCUCCAGAAACAAAUAUCCACGGAACCAAUAGAUACAAAAACCGCAAAACAGAACCCGAACCUCGUAGCUACCUGUUCAAAAAAGUAAAACCUCGCACCAAUACAAACCAAAACAUCGAUACACUUAACUAUAGAACGUCAAAUAGUGGUGACGUAAAUCGCAACAAUUCGAAUAAGUCGAGCUUGCUUGGUAGGCCACCUCCACCUAUUUACAUGCCUACACCCAACAGGGCUGACUACCCAGCGAUCAACAGUUUUGCUGAAACGACAUUACCAUUUUUUAUACAGGUUCACAACAUGACCUCAAACAUACUACAAAUGGUCACCACUCUCCACAGGUUUCGCCCCCCAAUAUAG